AUGGAUGCAAUUGAGUGUGCUACACGGUACCGUGAUCAGCAAGAUGUCGAUCUGCGUUACAUGGCUAUAAGGGAGCUGUGCAAUGGGCCCCGGAAUAGUCAGGGACGGGUGCAACAGUUAUGUGAGCUGCAUCAACAACCAGGAGCACUAGAGGUGGUGACACAUGACGUGAUAUUACGGUCAGUUACGGAUAGGCAGAUUGUGCGCAGCGUUGUAGAACGGGAGUUGCUGGGGGAAUUAGGGGACGAGUGUGUCUCGUAUGUGGUGAGCCAGUUGGUCGGUGAGCUUGUUGGUGGUGGCGGUGUCCAGGAGCAGGAGGAGCAGCGGCGGCAAGAGGAGGUAAUAUUGAAGUACUUGAACAGUGUGCUACAUUCUGGUGCGGUUGGUGCAGCGGCAGCAUUAGCUUUGGACGGUGUCCGUGGUGGUGCCGGAAACGGCGAUGCUUUCGAGAGCUGCUAUCGAGCGACGAAUGUUGCGGAGAAGGACAUCGCGCGGUACGUGGAGUAUAUGUGUCACGUGAGUUCUGCGGGGACGUUAUGGUAUUCAGUGCUCAAUGGGUUGUGUAGCAGUGGAAAUGUAGUCAGCAGUGAAUUGGCUACAAAGGUGUAUGGAUUGUGUUCGGAAGCGCCGUUGAAUGGGCAGAGCCAGGCUUAUGCUGCUUUUAUUGGGGCUGUGAGGAACAUUAGAGGUUCUGUGUUGACGGCAUUGUUCAUAGCAUGCACGAACGUUGGUGUGCUAGAAGCGGUCGCGCAAGCUCGGCCGCUUAAGCUCUGUUCUUCAUACCGAGCAGUUGCCAAUCGGUGGAUAUCAGGGGAGCUGGAUCCCCACUCUGCAAGGGGGUUUCGUUUGAUUGCGCAUAUUGGUAAGCUGUUUAACCGGGACAGUGAUGAAGAUAUGGCUGUAGUGAAGGCAAUCAUGCAAUUGUGUGCUGUGGAACUGAAAGAACAGACGGCCUCGGUACUCCAUGUGGAGGACACGGAGGUUAGCUGUAGCGUGUCUAAUACAUAUGAGAUGGGAGAGGUUGGUGAAGAUGAUUGGGUUAUCUCUGAUGAGGGAGAUAUGAUUGUUAGCGAUGAGGAUACAGUUAUUAUUUCUAAUGAAAUAGAGGCGGCCAAUAUCGCCGUGUCAGUGAUGGAUGCGCUCAGCAGUUUACCUCUGGAAGAUUUGAACGAGAUGGUGCAGGAAGCUAUAACGGCGUUGCCGGAAAUUCUUUUAGUGCGUUUGCGUCCUCAUUUACUCUCAUUGUCCGCAAAGUAUACGAAACUGCUGGAUUAUGUUAUUGCGACUUUCGGGGAGGUAGACCCCUUGGCGUUGCAUCUGCUUACACCAGAACAAGUUGCUGCGGUUGCUGUAUCAUCUGAGCAUCCAGAUCACGCAUUUUUAACUCUGCGUUCAGAUCCGCAGCUCUGUGCAUUACAUGGCGCCAUCAUAGGACAAACUGCUUCUCAUAAGCCUAUUGAUACGGAGCUUCUCCAACAAUGGCAAAAUCGUCGUGAGGCAUCCAAACAGUACCUUGAUGCCACCUUGCAGUUACUUACCACUAUGCUUUCCCAAGACGUAGUCUCGCUUAAGGAUCAUCAAUGGUGCAUUGAUACCCUCGCAUGGAUUGGGCAAGAGUUCCCCUUCUAUCGCAAACCCGUAUUACAACUUCUUAUCCCCAUGUUAAAACCUCCAAAGAGAUUCGUCAAAAUUAUACAAGUCGGCAAUAUGAAGCAAAAGGAAGAUGGCUCUACAUACAUAAGAGCAUCAGUGGUAAGCACCCUGUGUGGAUGGUUGCGUGACGAACGCAGCACAUGGGACUACAGCGAUAUUCGAAAUUUGGCGUACUACCUACGGUAUCCACUGCGCGACCUACCUUUGAAACGUCUAACACUACAACUUAUGCAUACGAUAAUUGACCGCUUUGGCGGCUUCCUCGCACUUAGAGACUAUCCAACGAUCCACGAAACGCUGCAACUGAUUCAAAACAAGUAUCCAGAAGAUACAGAGGGUAUUGCAGCCCAUUUUCAUGGAAUAGUCAAUAGCAUCUGA